AGCGUCAGGGACGGGGGGCCGAGGCGGGGGCUGCGGCGGCCCGGCCGGGGCGGCGCUCCUCGGCCUGUCGCUGUUCGGCCUCGUGCUGUACCUGGUGCCGGCGGCGGCGGCGCUGGCCUGGCUGGCCGUGGGGGUCACCGCGGCCUGGUGGGGGCUGAGCCGCGAGCCCCGCGGUUCGCGCGCCUUCUCGCUCGUUCGGAACGCGCGGCGUCAGCGAACCCUGCACGCCUCGCCUCCAACCAAGUCGGCGGUGAACGGAAAUCUCCUAGAGCCGCGGACCCUGCUCGAAGGACCCGACCCCGCAGAACUGCUCCUCAUGGGCAGUUACCUGGGCAAGCCCGGCCCCCCGCAGCCUGCCCCCGCCCCAGAGGCCACGGACCUGCCGGAGAGGCCGGGCCGCCGCCGCACUCCCGUCCGCGCCGCGCCGCCUGCGCUCUCGGCCCAUCGUGUGCACCACAUUCACCCCUCUCCCCCUAGUCCUCUUCUCCGACCCUCUAGGAGGCCUUCCCACCGGGAUUGUGGGACUUUAUCAAACCGGUUUAUGAUAACACCUCGAAGACGAUAUCCUAUCCAGCAGGCCCAAUAUUCCCUUCUGGGCGUACUUCCUACAGUGUGCUGGAAUGGUUAUCACAAGAAGACUGUGCUGUCUGCUCGUAAUUCCAAAAUGGUGUGCAGCCCAGUGACAGUGAGGAUUGCUCCUCCAGACAGUAAAUGGACUCGUUCGCCAAUACCAGAGCAGACAAUCAACUCAACACUGUCCUCACCGUCAAGUAAUGCCCCAGACCCGUGUGCAAAGGAGACCGUACUGAGCGCUCUCAAAGAGAAGAAGAAAAGGACAGUGGAGGAGGAAGACCAAAUAUUUUCUGAUAGCCAGGAAAAUAAAAGAAGGCGCCAUGAUAGCAGCGGGAGUGGACAUUCAGCGUUUGAGCCCCUGGUGGCCAAUGGAGUCCCUGCUUCUUUUGUGCCUAAGCCUGGCUCUCUGAAGAGAGGUCUCAAUUCCCAGAGCUCUGAUGACCACUCGAAUAAGAGAUCUCGCACCUCUUCCAUGAGCUCUUUGACAAGCACGUACACAGGUGGCAUCCCUAGCUCCAGCCGUAAUGCCAUUACGAGUUCUUACAGUUCGACUCGAGGUUUCUCUCAGCUUUGGAAGAGAAGCGGGCCCAGCUCGUCACCGUUCUCUAGUCCUCCCUCGUCCCGCUCCCAGACACCGGAGAGGCCGGCAAAGAAGAUAAGAGAAGAUGAACUUUCUCAUCGCUCCAGUUCUUCAACUCCCUUGGCAACAGACAAGGAGGCCCAGGGAGAAAAGGCUGCAGAUGCAACCACAUGGAAGGCGCAGAACUCGUGGAGCUCCCCACCCACCCCCGGCAGCUCCGGGCAGCGGAGGCGCAAGAUUCAGCUGCUGCCCUCGCGGCGAGGGGCCCGGCUUACCCUGCCCCCCCCUCCCCAGCUUGGCUACUCCGUCACUGCCGAAGACCUCGACCUGGAAAAGAGAGCUUCGCUGCAGUGGUUUAACAAGGCCUUGGCGGACGGGACCGAUACUGCCUCGAACUCCGUCACUGAGAAGCCACCUACCACUCAGCCUUCUCUGCCCUUUACCCUGCCUGCCACUGGGACCGCCGCCUCCCCAGCCCCCCUCCCAGCCCCAGGCGGCAACCCGCUGCUGGAGAGCCUGAGGAAGAUGCAGAGCUCGGCCGGCUCGCCGGCUGCCCCAGAAUCCACUGGCGUGGCAACCACUGUGGCCCCUUCGCCUCUGAAGACACCCAGCCUUCUGGCCCCUCUUGGCUCUUCACAGUCAGGGCCCCUUCCAGGCACCUCCUCGGACUCCAAAUCCACAGCCACUUUCUUGGGGCUGACCCCUGCUGCAUCCCCAAUACCAGCCACUGACACCACCAAGUCCCCUCCGGCUCCUCAGGCUGAGACAUCUGCCAAGUCCCCAGCCCCGGCUGCCCCGUCCCCCACCCCCAAGCAGAGUCUUCUGUUGGGAAUGCUGAGCACCCCACCCGCUGACCCACCUGCGUCUGCAGCCCCCGCUGUGUCCUCAGCAUCCCCCAUGUUCAAGCCCAUCUUUGUGGCCCCGCCAAAAAGCGAGAACGAGGGCUCCUUGCCAUCUAGCCCCUCCAAGGUCACCACCUCGACAGCUUCCAGCUCUGCCCUCCCUGCGCCCGCCAGCAGCCCCCAGCCCACGUUUAAGCCUGUCUUUGGCAGCAUGGGGCCCCCUACGUCUGCGCCCUUGUCCGGCCCCUUCUCCUUCAGUCAGACCGCUGCUGCAGCCACUGCCACGAGCGCGCCUCUCUUCGCCGGCCAGGCCAGUGCCGCCUCAGCUGCGGCCCCCAUGACUCCCGUGGCUCCAGCGAGCACGGCCAGCACGGCCGCAGACUCGGCUUCGAAGCCCGCGUUCAGCUUUGGCGUGAGCAGCGUGACCAGCACCAGCACCACUGCUACCCCGCCUUUCCUCUUCGGGGCCCCCCCUGCCUCCGGAGCCGGCUUUACCCCAGCCAUGGGCUCCGUAUUCCAGUUCGGCAAGCCGCCUGCCGUGCCCGCCUCGACCACCGUCACCACGUUUGGCCAGUCUGUCUCCGGCGCCGCGCAGACGGCCGCCAGCAGCAGCAGCAGCGGGGGCACCGGCUUCAGCGGCUUCGGCGGCGGCCUCACCACGCCUGCACCCGCCACCAGCAGCCUGCCAGCACCGACCUUCACCACCACCGCCACGCCGGCCUUCCACAUUCCCUUCGGCUCCAGCGCCAAGCCCGCACUCCCCUCCUACCCGGGAGCCAACCCCCAGCCCGCCUUCGGGGCCGCCGACGGGCAGCAGCAGGGCACCGCCAAGCCGGCCCUCACCCCGAGCUUCGGCAGCUCUUUCACCUUCGGGAACUCACAGGCCCCGGCCCCAGCCCCGGCCGCCACCCCGGCGCCCGGCCCGGCCCAGCCCGCCUUCGGCAGCGCCGCACAGUCAGGUUUCGGCGGCUUGAAGACCGCUGCCUCUGCCUUCAGCACCCCUGCCAGCACCCAGCCCACCUUCGGCAGCGGCACGCCCAUGUUCUCCUUUGGGGCGGCCACCACCUCCAGCUUCGGAGCCACGACCCAGACCACCAGCAGCGGGACUGGGAGCUCCAUGUUCAGCGGCACGACGCUGUCACCCUUCACGUUUGGGGGAUCCACCGGCCCGGCUGGCAGUGGAGGCUUUGGGAUCAAUGUGGCCGCCCCCGGCACCUCCGGAACGUUCAGCUUUGGCACCGGACAAAGUGGGACCACUGGCGGCGCGACCCCCUUUGGAGGCGGCUUGAGUCAGAGCACGUUGGGCGUGCCCGGUCAGAGCACACCCUUUGCCUUCAAUGUGGCCAGCACCCCCGAGAGCAAACCUGUGUUUGGAGGCACCUCUACACCCACCUUCGGUCAGAACACCCCUACCCCUGGGGUGGGCGCAUCGGGCAGUGGUCUCUCCUUUGGGGCAUCCUCAACACCCACCCAAGGCUUUGCUGGAGUCAGACCUUUCGGAUCGGCGGCCCCUUCCUUUUCCAUUGGUGCAGGAUCCAAGACCCCGGGGGCUCGGCAGCGACUGCAGGCCCGCAGGCAGCACACCCGCAAGAAAUAGCCUUUGGCCUUUGUCCCCAUCCUGUCCCCCCCACUCCUUGCCCAAAUCUGGACCUCAGCACCUGCUAGAAAGAGCCUCUGACCCUUUUAGUUCCCUAGAACAUCCCCCCCCCACCUCUGGCUUCUGCCAGUGGGGAGGCAGCAGCAGCCCUGGUGGCCGGUCCUGCUGCUCCUCGAGGAAGACGCCUCCGGCCUCCCGGGGCGGCAGGGCGGCAGCCUGCUCCCUUUCCUUGAACAGCUCCGUGGUGAGGCUCCAGAGAAUGAGAGAACAUCUGUACAUAUCGUCCACCUCCUUUCCUGACUCUUGUCUGGUGUAUGAGGGUAGUGAGGCGGCCUCCCUUCCCGCCCCCCCACCCCCACCUAGGGCCAGCUUGGCAGGGGGUUGGGUGGCAGGCACAGCCCUUGCCCGCAUCGCCGCUGGGCAGCGGGGGACGGGAGUCGGGGAGCUGGGUCAGCCCCCCAGCUUUACCUUGCUUGGCUUGCCUCUAACAAGUGCUUCUCCCUGGGUCCCGUUAGGGGACCCUGCUUCCCCAUUUCUUGCUGCUUUGUCCCUCAUCGGUUCCUUGCAGGAUCUGCUUUUUAAAUGACCCUGAAUUUAGCUUUGCCUUGGAGACCCCAGCGGGUGCCGCUCCUGCUGGUCCACUUCUUCCUGCCAAGUCCGAGUCAAUGUUUUGUCCCCCACCCUCUGCCAGUUUGGCCCCUAAAAGCUUGGUGGCUCAAGACUGUUAGCCUGGCAGCUGCAGGGGAGAUACCUCACUCCGGGGGGUAAGCGCCGGGAGCAGGAGGACGUCCCCCGCCGUUCCGCCGCCUCCUCGCCCGCCUUCCCCGCCGGCCUCCGUGGGGCUCGCCCGCCUCUCCUCCCCGGGGUUGUAUGUUUGUUUAAAGCCUUGUCCUGUGUUACUGUCUGAUGCUCAUGUCUAUUGCUCUUUGAAUCGAGUUUGGAGGAAGAAUUGAAUUGUAUGAGUGGCGGCAUGUUGGUAGUGCCGGACUUAACUGUUUCAAGUUUCUGGGGCCUCGCUAAUUGAAUGUGGAAAGUAGCACCACUUCAUGGCUACACGUGCUGACUCCUGGAUUUUCAAAUGGUGUUUUGACUUUAAGGGCUGGCAGCCCAAGAGGAUGGGGCCGAGGGGAAGCAAAGACCUCUUCCCUCCGCUGCUUCCCUUCCACCGACCUGACCCCGCCGUGGGCUAGAUCCACCCCGGGAUGGGGUAGAAAACCAAAAUUAACAAACCACACACUUCAGAAUUCUUCAGGUUUCCCCCCCCCCCCCCCCCCCCCCCCUUCCCCU